AUGGCUGCUGCCCAGAGAGGAAGGAAGAAGACCCAGAACCAGCGGAGACGGAAAUCCUAUGGGAGGAGGCACCAGACCAAACAGGGGAAGUCCCAGCACAAGCAAAGGAGCCAGACAAGACGAAAGCCAGCACUGAAGCAGGAGAGGAGCAGCCAUGGGAAGAAGAGCUCCUCCAAGGAGUAUGACUCCAACAAGGUGCUAAAACAGCUGAAACGAGAUAACAAGCUCUUAUCAAACAAAGCCAAAGGGCUGAUGAUCAGCUUUGUGAAUGACAUCUACAAAAGAGUGUCCAUGGAGGCCGAACGCUUGAGGAAGCAGACUCGUCGCCCUACCAUCGGCCCCACACAGAUGCAAGCUGCUCUGUGGGAAGUAAUGCCAAAGAAACGGGUCAGGCACUCAGCCGCCCCUGUCUCUAGGAGGUCUUAUUAA